CCGCCAGCUCCCUCGUCACCAGUCCAACGUGUUCCUUUUACACCAGAAACUACAUAGAUGACUUUCAGAAAAAGUCACGGUCCACUAUGACGUUUGGGAAGACCCUGGACUACACUGAUGUGACGGCGGAUGACUGUGCCAAGCUUUGCGUCACUACAGAGGCUACCAACUGUCAGAGCUUCGCCUUCUGUAAUACAACUCAACUGUGUCGACUGACAAGUAAUCGUCCUCUCAAGAAGGGUGGCAAUGUCACGCAUGACGUCUGUGACCUUUACAUUAGAAAGUACUUCUCAACCGGUCAUUCGCAGGCUAGUUCAAACACGGGCUAUAGUGCAGGCGCCAUGGCUGGUGUAGGCAUUGGACUGUUCCUUCCCGGUCUUCUGAUUGGGGCCCUCGUUACAUUCUACUUCCGGCGGAAACACGACCAGUCUCUGGAGGCACUGGACAUGCAGCAGAUAGUCAAAGACUGAUAUGAUGUUUAGGCGGAUUUUGAUUUCAUAUAUUCCAUGAGACUUCUUCCGAAUCACGUGAUAUCUAGUUCGAGAGAGCGUUUGACGCACGAGACGUGUGAAAGAUUGUUAUAGUCUCGUAUUAUGUGGAAAACGUUAUGUUCCGAACCUCUAAAUGGAAGUGAAUACCUCAUCAUUCUUUUUCAAAAUUUUCACUAAAUGUUUUGUUUGUAUUUUUUCUAUAACAUCGAUAUAUCAAACACAUAGUGUCAGACAGAAUGUUUCAGUUUCAAAAAACAUUUGGGAAAGAAUCACUUUUGAUAAAUGACAUUUCUAUUUUCGGUGUUAUUUUUCAUAAACGCUUACAUGAUAUUUAAUGCAAAGAUGUAUAUGUAUUGAGACUGAACGUCUCAGUUCCAUUUCAGGUGUACUUUAAAUCAACAUUUAAAAUGUCAGUUUGAAAGUAAAAAAAAGUCUUUUUGGGAAGAAUAUAUAUUCGAACAUUAUAUUGACACUUUCUAUAAAACAACCUACAGAAUACUUGAUUUUAUCGUAAAAAUACUAAUAUCAUUCCGUUUGUUUAAAAAAAUCAUAUGAAUUCAGCUUUAAAAUGAUACAAACGAUUUUGGUUUCUAUAUGCAAUGUUUUUAAUCAGUGUAUAAACAUUUACUUGUAAUAUUUGGUACAUUAAAAUUUUAUUUAGAAAGUUAUUUUUUUUUUUAUCUCGACCACAUAUUUUCAAGCAGAUAUUAGAAGAAUACAACCGUUGUAUUUAGACAUUAUUGGCAUUAAUAAGUUUCAUUCCAGUAUUAUUCAUUGUUUCUAAUACUUAUCUAUUUCUGUAACAUGUUCAGUGCUGUUUGUGUUCACUGUUGACGUAAGAUGCUGUCAGCCCUAUGUCUCUCAUGUAAAACGUGCAAUAUGUCUUUUCAUCAAGACAAUGAGUCCAACGCUUGUUCAGGCAAGCGUUAGAUCCUUGGUAGAUGCUUCAAUAUUUAUUUCUACGUUGUUUCACGGUCAUUUUCAUUAAUAGUUGUGUUUGUUUAACAUACAAAACUGUUUACUAUUGAUAUAGACUGUUGUGUCAUCUUUUAAAGCAGCUACGUCAAAUACUUUUGUUUUGUUUGUUUGUGUUUUACGUCCUAUUACCAGCUAUGGCCAUUCAGGGACGAGUGAGCACUAUAAAAUCGGCACAAACACGAAUAUAUCG